AUGGACAAUAAUAUCGUGCCUAAUAAUGAGGACAACACGGGGGGAAGCAAUAGCAGUGAUAUAAACGUUAAUAUUGACAUAGGCGGUUCUAAUCGCAGAAUUACCGAAGAAUCAAAUAUUAAUGAACCUCUUGAAACAAGUACUCCACAAAACACGACAGAACAAGCCUCAGACUCACCUUUAUCUAAUAUUAUUAAUGCCACCGCGUCACGUAUGACCUCCGGUAUAUUCCCUAUAACGUCUACUUCCGACACUGAUAUUCAUGAAUAUCAGGAAUCGAUAUCGCGUUCUCAAUUAAGCAGCAGUGAGCUUUUCAUGAACUUAGAAGAUGUUGUUACUACGAGUGACAAUAGAACAUCGCGUAAACACCGUUUAUCCGCUCCUACUCCAUACAGACCAAAGGAAUAUAGCGACCCAAUUAAACCUCGUCCGAACUCUCAAAUACUCCUUCCAACUUCGAUGCAGCAUUAUGACCCCUUUGCAAUGCCUAGUUCUGAUCAAGAAUUUCGCAUGCUUGCUAGAAUACUUAACUGGCCAGCUCAACCCGGUCAGGGGCCUGUUACUCAAAUAUCAGGUCAAGUUGGUAGCUCAUCGAUAAAGGACAAUAUGGUAGAUGGUGGCGAGAUAAUAUUUGAUACAUCAAUUGACCAAGAGGGAGAUAUUCAACAAUCUAAAGGGCAACAUCUUUACAAAACGCAAUCAACGUUUUAUGUACCUCAUAGCUUUUCAGUGGCAGAUGCAAUGCGACAGAUGACUAAACCGUUACAAAUGCCCGAGGUACCUCCACUCAUUUCAACUAAUUACGGUAAAGAAAUUUUCGAUCAAAUAAAGUCGGAUGAUGAUCCUAGGCUUAUCGUUUGGUCAAAAUCCAGAGCUCAGGAAAUAAAACAUGAUUCCACAUUUUCGAUUUCGACUACUACUUCAAAACGAUGGAGUUUUCAUGAGACUUUACGCACUCAAAGGAGAGGCUCAAAAAACGACAGUUCAAUUGUAUCAUCAUCAUCAGCAGGAAAGGUCAUAAUGGCGGCCACAAUUGAAAAAUUAAUUGAGAAAUUAACAAGUGGAAUUGAUUACACCUUCUUGACGGAUUUUUUCUUAACAUAUCGAAAAUUUAUCACUCCAAUAAAGUUAUGCAACUUAUUGAUCUUAAGAUUCGAUUGGGCACUUGAGGGUGACGAUGAAGAGAGAAGGGUUGUAAGAGUCAGGACUUUUGUAACUAUACGUCACUGGCUUUUAAAUUAUUUCGCUUAUGAUUUUAUUCCAUGUCGUGAUCUACGAACCACACUGACCAAAUAUCUAAAUAGCCUUCCUUCACAUCAAUUGGUAAAAAAUUCGCCACGUGAUCAAAGGAUAGUACAGGGAUUAAAGAGGGUUAUAAGGAGGUUAAAGAGAGUGUAUUAUCGGAAGAGUGAUAUGAGCUUUGUGAAAAAAAAAGAUGAUAUAUUUAGCAUUGGCUCGAAAAAAUUGGGUGGAAAGAACAAUGAGAAAUUGACCGAACCACAGAAGGGUCAAGAUCUUGACGUGGACAAAAUAAUGGUCGACAGUGGGGGUGGUAGUGGUGUAGGUACAUCAUUAAUAGAAGAAUCAGCGAAUAUUGCUGUCUCAUAUGAUAGCAGUAAUUAUUACACAGUAACUCAAAAACAAUCAAAUCUAUUAAGACAUCAGUCAUCGUCUUCAUCUUUGGACUCAACAAUUACUCCAGGAACAACCGAUUCCGAAUCGGAAGCAAUUGAAUAUUAUACACCUAAUAUUAGUGGUGUAACUCGUAAAGAAACUCAUCGGAACAUUAUAUACUCUAGUAGUAGUAAUUCACAUACUAGUGACGAAGAUUUAUCCUCUAAAGCCACACAUGACCAAAUUGAUGAGUUAUACGGUCAAAAGUGGUCAAAGAAUUUACCAACUAGUUCUAGUGAAUUAGGGGAUGACAUUUAUACGGACAAUAAUGUUUAUGAAUAUGAGGAUGAUGGUGCCGGUGUGAGCAGCAGAAAAGCACCACGUGCAUCUAUGCCAGAGCGGUUGGCAGUUCCAAUAGAUCUAUUACGACAUUCAGAGAGAAAAGCAGAUAAAUGGAAGAAAAGAAGUAAUUCAAUGGGUGACUUAUCACAAAGAAGAUUAGAUAUAUUUAAUCAAUUAGGAAGUGAAAUAAAUGAGAAUGAAAAUCCGUUAUCUGAAGAAGAACCUCCACCACUUCCACCACGACGCAGAAGGCAUACACUUGAUGUUUCAUCUGCAUCACCUUCAUUUUUUAAAAGUGGAUUUUUAAAAAACAACUUUCCUUUGAAAAAACCUAAAAAGGCUACCCCGCAAGAAAAAAUCGUGGAUUAUUCGCUACCUAGUUCUCGUGGAAUAACAAGAAGAAAUUCGUCACCUGCAUUCAUUGGUUCAAAUUCUUCAAGAACUGGAAAUCAACCACCAGUUCAAGAACAAAGUUGGCGUCGCCCCACCGCACGUCCUUCAUGGCCUCGAAAGAUGUCAAUCACAGUAGGGAAAUUCGCAAAAGGAUUAUUUAAUGGUGAGAAAAAUAAAGGUGCUACUCAGUCAGGAACAUCGACAAAGUGUGGUGGUAUUCAAGGUGAUUUUCGGACAAUGAGAUUCGGCAGGCUUAGUAUGCUAUGUGCAACAUCUUCUGGUUCAGCCAGCACCGAAGAGAUUGACUCCGACCUAUCUUGGGGGGAUGGCACUAGCCCAAAACUUUUUAAUGGAGAUGAAUACCAUAUUCAUCUCGAUGGAUUUUCUUACGUUGAUGAGUCUGUCGAAGAAGAAUAUUACGACACGUCUCAUCCAGAAGAAUCUGAGAUAACAGAGCAACAAUUUGAACAGUGGUAUGAUGAACAGCAAAGUACACACGAUGACACUAAUUUUGAGAGUUUAACAUCAUCACCAAUUGAUUCGCACCCCCCCACAUUUUCCACCCUUUCCCAAGAUAAGCAAAGCGACGAUGAUGAUAUACAGGAUUAUGAAGAGCCAAGAGACAAUCGUCAAUUAGUCCGUGCUACUCGUAGAAAGGCAAAAGUUUGGAAUUUAGUUCCGGUGAUUGAAGUUGAAGAUGAUGUAGAUCAACCCACUCAAUCAUCAGAGACGGACACUUAUUUUGUGUCACAAAGUUCGUCAAAUGGAUCACAAAAAGAUGAUGAACAACAACCAGCUCGCAAACAAAGUUAUCUUGCAAGUGUUUCGGAAGUUGAGGAAGGUGUCGACACGGAUCCAAACUUUUCUCCUCAGCAAUCUUUUGAACAAGAAUAUGAUGAUUUAUAUGAAGAAGAAUCAGGUGACCACCAUAAUAUUCGUACUCUUCGUCGACUUCCAAAAGUACCUGAUUUACGUUCAGUUACCAACCUCAAAGAUUUAGAUGAAAAGUCCGGCAAGCGCGUCUCCUGGGGAACGUUCUCUUCUUAUGGAGUUGAAGGCGGUGGCGCAACAGCAGACUCUGCACCUGAUUCCAUGAUGUCACUUUCUCGAUCAACAUCAAAAACAGCACCAACGUCAAGACGUAGAGGGCCUGCUAAAAAUGGAUCUCAAGAAAGUGGGGCUCGUCAACGGACUAGGCACACCACCUCUAAACCACCUAAAAAUUCUUCAGAAGCAAUAGCUCUUGAAAAAGGCACCAAUAACAAUAGAGGUAGUAAUAUUUCACGUUCUAAAAGACCAAAACAUACACCAAUUCACACAACCACUGAACCGAGUGUUAGUCAAGGACCAACAUCAUCUUUUUCAUCAACAGAUCCAAGUUCUCGACAACACCCAUAUAAAUCUUUCAUACUGUCGUAUAGAUCAGAAGCAAUUGCGAAACAGUUUUGUUUAAUUGAAAGAGAUCUUCUUAUGCAAGUCCAGUGGGAAGAGUUGGUUCAAGUUAGCUGGACUAAUGGCAAUAAAAACAAAAACAAUAAUAAUGACAUUGAGAAAGAUUCUAAUAUUCAAGACAUUCGAAAAGAGGCCAAAAAAGAUGUUAAAGGAAAAAGAAAAGAAUUUGAAUCUGAAAUUGAUGAAGAGAAGAUUAAAGUCAAGCCAAUAAAAGAUGGGGGAGUAGACAAGGUCAUUGAAAGAUUUAAUCAAACAAUUGAUUGGGUUGCUACCGAAAUUAUGCUCACACACUCUUUAGAAGAUCGAGUGAAAGUGAUUGAAAAGUUCAUACGUAUUGCGCAGAAAUGCCUACAACUUUCAAAUUUUGCGACUUUAAAUCAAAUUCUCCUUGGAUUACAAUCUUCACCGGUAGAACGUCUUCGUCGAACUUGGACUCGUGUUCGCAUGGCAGAGAGACGUAUUCUUAAGGAACUAAAUGAUUACAUAUCACCUUUCGGCAAUUGGAAGGUGGUGAGAGAUGCUAUGCGCCGAGUUGUAGAAGACUCUUCCGUGGUAAAAGAUCCAACUAAACGGCGAAGGCGUGGCUCCGAUGUGAAAAAAGCAAAUACUGGGUGCAUUCCUUUUUUAGCUCUAUAUUUAUCCGAUUUAGUUUUUAACGCAGCCUUACCGUCAUUUAUUGAUCCGGCUUCACAACCUCCAUCAUUGUUCCAUACCUAUACACCGUUUCCUCAACAACCGCUUGUUAAUUUCCAAAAACAUCGUACUACGGCUACAAUCAUCAAACGCGUAAUUACAUUUCAAAGUCUAGCAUGUGGAUACAAAUUUCCGAUUGACGCAGAUCUUUAUGCUAAAUGUGCGGAUCUUAAAGCAGUUGAGGCUACAAGAUUAGUAGUAAUGGAUCUAGAU